CUCAGGCUGUCACUGGCAGACAGCAAUGGAGCCGGUCUGUGAAUCCACCAUCGAUGAAGUCAUCGUUGAUACAGAACACACCGCCUCUCCAAAUUGCGCCUCUCAACCAAUUGCGCUCAGCGACGAGAGCACGGGCGCGACUGCUGCCGUGGAGACCUGUUCAGAGAAGGGGGCUGAGGACAAUGAGGGCGGAAAAGAACACGGGCAGCCAAUGCGGAGGGAGGAGACCGAGCUGGCGGCCAUAGUAGCUGAGUUUCGACUCUGUGCGGGACCUGCAGCCUCCUUUCAGGAGUUUGAGACUCACUUACGCUAUGAGGGAGAUUCUUUUGUUGGUGCUGUCUUCACCUUGGAGCCCUUUUGGAAGACAGUGAGGCGGACGGCAAAGGUGCUCGCCUUCCAAGUGGCCGCUGCGGCAACUAUCGCGUUUCCCUGGGCUCUGGUUUGGGUCGGGUACUUCUGGUUUUGUGCGAGAGGACCGUGGAUUGUGCUUGAUGUAUCUCGCCGCAUUGUUGUUGACCUAUGCUUUGCCGCUAUGAUGCUGUUUGCGGCUGAGGGCAGCUUUCGUGGGGCCCUCUAUCGCUUGAAGACGACAUGGCCUUUCUUCGCUCCUUCAUUCAUCCUACACGUCGGUGCGGGGGCGGUGUUCUUCAAUGUGGAGGCCUUGUGGCCUUACCGCCUUAUAAUCACAGGUUGUUCCUAUGUGUCCGCAGGGAUUGUCCUGCCAGUCAUGUAAGAAAGGGAACAUAUGAAGGAUGGUCUACAGAAAAGUGGCAGCUCAUGUCAUAUUUUCUUGUGUUGCAUGCAGGGUCUUUCGCCAAGUGGCCCUGACAUCGACGACAGUCGUGAGGAAGCGGCUUUAUGUCCUCCAAAUGACGCUCAUCUUUUUCUUCAGUAUGGCUUUUUCAUACUGCGGUCGUCUUUUUUUCUUCCCUCUUUUCCGAGACAUAGCGAGAGAUCGCGGAAAGAAAAAAAUUGUCGUCAUCAGUUGGUUGUUCGCAAUGUCGCCUCUUCUUGCACUCCGUUAGGCAGCAUAGUCUUAUCGUAGCCUCAUCCUGUGCCUUCGAAUUGUGCGUCUUGUAGUGACGGCGUUAGUCCGCUCAUUGCGCGACGGUCCUGCGCUGCAAUCGGGUCCAGCAAUCUCGUUCGGGGUGGUUGUGUUCAGUUUCUUCCCAAGAAUGAUGCAGGCCAAGACGCAGCAUCUGUCAUCUCAGGUAAAAGAUGCAUGCAAACCGCACGCUUCGGUCAUUUUCUUUUCUUUUUUUAACCCUCGGUGUGUGUCCACGUGUUCUCUCAGGUUUUGACUUCGCUAAUCCUCGCCUCGUUCGACUUAUUGACAGACUUGGCAAUUCCAUAUUGUGAGCACACAGUAUACGUACAUGAGAACGAUUAGCGAUAAUGGCCCGAUCCAUGCUUUCUGUCUGUCUGUCUGUCUGUCUAUGUGUGUAGUGGUGGUUGUUGGCGGCAUAGCUAAGAGAGCUUUAAUGCAAUGCCUCGUCUCAUUCAAAGCACGGAGGAAAGUCCGGCAUCAGCACUCAAACGAGAUGCUCGAUACCGUUACUGGCGAUGGCACCGACCACACAGAAAGACCGAACGUCAUAAAGCAGCCGCCGGCUGUACUGCUCAGCCGUCUGUCCACUACUGUAAUGAGCUUCUACACGAGAAGUCGUACAAGCGCCAGCACUCUUUUCAGCCGCCAAUUGCUGAGGUCCUUGAGCUCGUUUCUCGAUGUCCCCACACGAGUUGUCCAAUUCAAGCUUCACCCGAUAUUCCUCAGAAGACUCAGCGACGUAAGGGAGGAGCAUGUGAAUUUCCUUCAUACAUUCAAAUCCCACGUCUCCCCCCUGUUCUGGCUGAUUUCCGUCGAUGGACGAUAAAUGCAGCAGAUGCACGCUUACGGCUUGGUGGAACUCACGGUUCUCAUUCUCACAAACCUGUGCAUCAUCACCCGCGACCAGGUGCUGUCUCCAUCGGUUCGGCAGCUGCUUGAACGAGUUGCCGGUCUGCUGAUCAUAGUGCUUAUCGAGGUGGUCUUUGAGGGCGUACUUUUCGUUUGGCUGGUCCGGUCCGCCAAUUUGCCCCUCCUUAGAAGCAUGGCGGAGCCCGGUGUUAUGAAAAUGCAUAUAGCCGGGAUGGCAACCGCCGGCGGCAUAUUCAUUAUACGUUCAGGGCCAUACUUUGUGCUUUUUCUCUUGAGUGCUGUGGAUGAAAGCAGAUACGAACGAAUUGGGACGACGCAAGACUUCUGCCCCAACCACUGGACCGUACUAGAUAUAGGAGACCCCCUAUGAGUGGGUCGGACAUAAAGUUUCUGGUAUGUUAGCGUGCUAUCGGUGAUUUAGGCGAUUCUCGAGAUGUCCAAUUUCUCAAGUGACUGGCUGGAAUGAUCUUGUGGAGCAAAUGUGCGAGAGAGGGAGGGCGUGCUUGAUGGAUGCUGCGCGUGGAGACACUGACACAUACUGUGACGGUGACAUCCACACAGCCGCUGUGGGGUCACUGACGUGUCAUGUCUCGAUUUUUGGGCUGACUGACAAAGCCAAGGGGCGGCGCAGAUGUGUGUCUUGCUCUAUCAGUGUGUGCGCAUCAACAAGAUUGUUGCCUGUCUGGAUGUUCAUGACAUUGGAUGUGAUCGGAGGCAAUGCAAUUUGAAGAGGAUGGUGUCGAGUGGUGAAUUGUCUCUUACUUCGUUUCGAAUCUCUCCCACACCACAGAGGACGGGGAACAUGUGACGGAGGGCC